AUGCUAUCGGGUUACGCCCGUCGACUGAUACUCUCCGCGAAGAAUUCACCUAUCACCAUUGGGAACGUAUUCAGGAAUAUGUCUGGGACCAAACUUGGUCCGGAGGACAUCGGAAUAAAAAAGCUUGGAGAUGCCAAAGAUCCUAAACAGGUUUCCGAGUCCGACUGGAAAAAAGUUCUUCCUGCAGACGCUUUCGAAGUAGCUCGUAAAGCAGGCACUGAACCUGCAUUUUCUGGAGCCUUUGAUAACUUUUUUGAGAAAGGGAGAUACGUCUGUCUAUGUUGCGGUGCUGAGUUGUUCAAUUCCGAUUCCAAGUACUGGUCCGGUUGUGGAUGGCCGGCAUUUUCGAAAUCCGUUGGUAAUGACAUGAAUAUCAUUCGACUGGAAGAUAAUACACACGGCAUGAAACGUGUUGAAUGCAAUGCUCAUCUUGGUCAUGUGUUCGACGAUGGUCCAAAGGAGACUGGCGAGCGUUACUGUAUCAAUAGCGUUUCUAUGGCGUUUGAGAAGGCUGAUAAGUAA